CGAUGUUGCAACAUAACCCCUUUGGUCCACAGCUUCGAAUAGCUUCAUUUGAGGCAACCCUGGAGCAGUAUAAAAGAAAACUGAAUGAACUUGAACCAAGCCUCCCUACUGAGCAUGCAUCAAAAGAGUCAACUUCAGAUGGUGAGUCCUGUAUUGGAGAUGGUGAAAUCGAUGACUUGCAUCUUGAAGCUACAAGUAAGGUGCAUCAAGAUAGUCUAUCUGAUAGCUGUCAGCCAGAGAACGGAGAAGAAAUCAGUGAAAAGGAUGUAUCUGUUCCAGAUAUUGGUAACCUUGAGCAAACCAAGGCCUUGAUUGCUUCCCUUGAGGCUGGAUUGAGGUUCUCGAAGUGCAUGUCAGCUAGUAUGUCGAUCCUUGUUCAAUUAAUGGCUUCAUCUUCUGCCACUGACGUUGAGAAUGCUAUUCUCUUGUUGAUGAGGUGUAAGCAGUUCCAAAUUGAUGGUGCAGAAGCUUGUCUCCGUAAAAUUCUGCCUCUGGCGUUUUCUCAGGAUAAGUCUAUCUAUGAGGCAGUAGAAAAUGCCUUCAUCUCAAUUUACAUAAGGAAAAAUCCAGUUGACACGGCGAAGCAGCUGUUGAACCUUGCCAUAGAUUCAAAUAUAGGAGAUCAGGCAGCACUAGAGUUUAUUGUAAAUGCUUUGGUGUCAAAAGGUGAAAUAUCUAGCAACACGAUAUCGGCUUUAUGGGACUUCUUUUGCUUUAACAUCAAUGGGACAACUGCUGAGCAAAGUCGUGGGGCUCUAUCUAUCAUUUGCAUGGCUGCAAAGUCAUCUCCUAGGAUUCUUGGAUCACACAUGCAGGAUAUUAUUGAUAUUGGGUUUGGCCGUUGGGCAAAAGUGGAACCUCUACUUGCCAGAACUGCAUGCACUACUAUUCAGCGGCUUUCCGAUGAAGAUAGGAAAAAGUUAUUGCUCAGCAGUGGCAGCCGAUUGUUUAGUAUUCUUGAAAGCUUGAUCACUGGGAACUGGCUUCCAGAAAACAUAUAUUAUGCUACUGCUGAUAAAGCCAUAAGUGCGAUAUACAUGAUCCACCCAACUCCAGAAACCUUGGCUUCUACUAUUAUUAAAAAGUCCCUGAGCACUGUGUUUGAUGUAGUUGGACAAGAUGAAGCACAGACUGAUACCGACAAUAAUAAAGUUGAUAUUCUGACUCCAAUUCAAGUAGCAAGACUCAGUAGAUUCUUGUUCGCUAUCAGUCACAUUGCUAUGAACCAGUUGGUGUAUAUAGAAUCUUGUAUCCAGAAGAUACGGAGACAGAAGACCAAAAAGGACAAAGCCGCUGCUGACAGUCAGAAUACAGAUGAAAACCUUGGGGCCACACAAGAGAAGAAUAGCAUAAAUGCUGAGCUAGGACUUGCGGCCUCUGAUGAUGCACUGCUUGACACACUCGGUGAAAGAGCAGAGAGGGAAAUUGUUUCCGGUGGUUCUAACGAGAAGAAUCUGAUUGGGGAGUGUGCAACUUUUCUCUCAAAGCUUUGCAGGAAUUUUUCUGUGCUGCAAAAGCAUCCUGAACUACAAGCUUCCGCAAUGCUUGCAUUAUGCAGGUUUAUGAUUAUUGAUGCAAGUUUCUGCGAAUCCAAUCUCCAGCUUCUUUUCACAGUUGUUGAAAAUGCACCGUCCGAAGUUGUCCGGUCAAAUUGCACCCUUUCACUUGGAGACUUGGCAGUUCGUUUUCCAAAUCUUUUAGAACCUUGGACAGAAAAUAUGUAUGCCAGGUUACGGGAUGCUUCAGUUUCCGUCAGAAAAAAUGCUGUCCUGGUCCUUUCACAUCUUAUAUUGAAUGAUAUGAUGAAGGUGAAAGGGCAUAUCAAUGAAAUGGCUAUAUGUAUAGAAGAUGAUGUAGAGAGGAUCUCUAGUCUCGCAAAACUAUUUUUCCAUGAACUUUCUAAGAAAGGAUCGAAUCCCAUAUACAAUCUACUUCCUGAUAUACUUGGGCAGUUAUCCAACCGUAAUUUAGAGAGGGAGACAUUCUGCAAUGUCAUGCAAUUCUUGAUCGGCUCCAUCAAAAAGGACAAACAGAUGGAGGCUCUGGUUGAGAAGCUUUGCAAUAGAUUUAGCGGAGUCACAGAUGGAAAACAGUGGGAAUACAUUUCGUAUUCUCUUUCGCUGCUGACAUUCACAGAAAAAGGAAUCAAAAAACUUAUUGAGUCAUUUAAGUCUUACGAGCAUGCUUUAGCAGAGGAUUUGGUGACCGAGAACUUUAGAAGCAUAAUCAAUAAGGGAAAGAAGUUUGCGAAACCAGAACUCAAAGCUUGCAUCGAAGAGUUUGAAGAGAAGAUCAACAAGUUCCACAUGGAGAAGAAAGAACAAGAAGAAACUGCAAGAAAUGCCGAGGUUCACCGAGAGAAAACCAAGACCAUGGAAUCUCUUGCUGUCCUUAGCAAAGUGAAAGAAGAACCUGUAGAAGAAUAUGAUGAAGAUGAAGAUGAAUAUGAAGACGAAGACGAAGAGGAAGAUGAAGAUAAAGACGAAGAUGAAGGUGAAGGUUAGUAAUUUUUUUACUUGGUGCUAAAGCAAAGUUCGCUGUACCAGGCAUAUGAUAAUAAAAUGCCAGUUAACGACAA